ACGUAAAUGUGUCCUGGUCCUUUAAGACACAGGUGUGACUCGGCGGUGACAGGUGAAGCAGACACAGGAAGUUGUCACAUUAGGAGGCAAGCAAUACAUUUGAAGCCGCAUCGGUGUAAAAACAACAUGAGGAAAGGACGAAAGCAUUUUGACUGGCCUGACUGACGAAAUGAAACGCUGGCUCUCCAUCAGUCUGUCUCUGGCAGUUCUCCUUUCUGCCAAAGUCCUGGCACAGAACCCAGUGCCAAUCAACUUCAUCCCAGCCCUGGUGCAGGUCCAAACAGGCAGUGAGAUCGUGUUCACAGUGAAGGUUGACGCUGCUGUCUUCUCCAUGUCAUGGGCGUACCAAACCGGAGCUACUCUGGCUUUGUGGACCCAAUCUGGCACUUCUGACAACAGCGUGCCUCAGUUCCUAGGCAGACUCUCCAUCAGUACCACCCAACUUCGAAUCAGAGCUGCUCAGCUGAACGACGCAGGGUUCUACACAGUGGAGGUGGUGCCCACCUCUUCCACAAACCUGGUGAAAAACUCCCAAUCCGUGGAGCUGAAGGUGUUUGACCCGGUAGCUGGGGUAAGUCUGACUGUCCCUUCAGCGGCAGUGGAGGAGAAAAACGUGUCCCUGAGUUGCACGUGGACCGGUGGGACUGAAGUUACGGCCCAGUGGAAGAAAGAUGGCAAAGCCAUCACACCCGAUUCCAGAAUCACCAUCUCCGGUGGCUUUUUAGUAAUCAACCCAGCCAGACGUGAUGAUGCCGGGGAGUACUCUUGCACCGCCAGCAACAAUGUCAGCGCCCAGACUUCCACAAAGAGCCUCACUGUCUACUAUGGACCCGACACCCCUGUCCUGACUGUCGACUCCCCAAAAAAAUGCGUCGGUGGAGGGGACGUGUUGGUGGGCCAGGCGGUGCGUCUCACCUGCACGUCUACCUCGCUGCCCUCUGCCACGUUCUCAUGGCAACGUGACGGACAGCCCGUCUCAUCCGGGGCUCAAGACAGCGGGGUGCUCAGUCUCCAGACCUUCUCGACUAAUGAGAGCGGCCGGUACGUGUGCACGGCCACAAACGGCGUCACCAGGGGCACGUCGACACAGAGCUACAACUUGGCAGUUGUGGAUGUUUGUUUUGAUGGAGGGGAAGUUGCAGGGAUUGUGAUCGGCGCUUUCCUGGGCCUCCUAAUCAUUGUGCUUCUUAUUUUGUUCCUCGUUGUUUUUGUGCGAAGGAGAAGAGAACGGGAACAACGAAGAAAUGCUGUGUUUGCUCCGAAGACAGAUCCAAUUCAAAGACCUCUUCCUCCAGAUCCUCAAACUAAUGGUGUAUGGAAUUUGGACCAAGGUCUCCAGCCUCCGCUCCAUCAGACGAACAGGCAAGCAAGCCAACCUGAGCGCUUAAUCACCAACAACCUUGAAACCCAGGCAAGCCCACAGGCGCAGACUCUGAACAGGCAGCGUGACUUUGACGUUCAGCAAAAUGAUAGCCUCACUCGCACAAACCAACUUCCGCAAAAUCUUACCUCAUACCCAAACGAUGGCUUUGACAAUCCAGCUUUCACACACAUGGAUUCUCAGAAUGUAAACGCGGCUUCGAACAUGCAGCAGCAACAGCAGCAGCAAAAUCCAAACGUUCUGAUUCAGGCUAUACCUGGGCAGGGUGGCAAUCAGCCUCCAGCAGUUCAAGUCAGCCUCAAUACACAGCCGAACUCUAAUAAUCCAAACAACAAUGCUCACAUACCCACUAUUAAUGUCAACCUCAACUCUUAUCCAGGCAAUGGCCAACAGGCUCUGCAAGAAAGUUCUUCUCCUCCAAGUAAUCAAGGCUUUAAUGGUGUUCCACAAAUACAAAACAACUUCAGAGACAUGAGGCGGUUAGAUGCUGCAACUCAAGGAGGACGAUCCUAUCCAAGUAACCACAGACUAAAUGGUCAUGUUAAUCCAGCUUUUCAAGAUGAAGCUGGAUUUAUUCCAACUGGAUACACACAUUUUAAUAACAAUCUGACUUCCCAGCGAAAUGAAAACACACAGACCUAUCAGCAGGAGCCAGAGCCUCAUAGAAGGCCAGACAGAGAGUCAAGACAACACGAGUCAACACCGAGGUCCAGGCAGAGACAGACCCCAUGGGACCUUCUCAGAGGAACGCCAGCAUACCCCAGCGGAACGCCCCAAAGAGCACAAAUGCAAGCUGAAGCUGAUUCAGAUUACAGUGCAGAGUACACCGUCCGUCCUCCCGUACGAGAGGGACGGACACUAAACAGACUGCCGCCUCAGAGCCAAGCCGAUACGCGGCGUAGAACUCCUCCGAGGCGCGAUCCACCCUCAGAGGACAGUCGAACACAGACCUAUCAUGCUGCUGAUCAUCCUCCAAAUGCUAAUAAUGUUACGCUCCCCGAGCGCUCACACCACACACAGAGAAACCCCCGUGCAGACAGGGAAAGGUCUCCGCGAGACAUCAGAGGUAGCCAGACUGCCCUCAGGCAGGAAACUACUCACAGCAAUAACCCCCAGGCAUCGCCUCUCAUGAGCCAGCAGGCCUCUGCAGGCCACGCUGUUGUGUUGCAAGGACCCGCCGCACAACAGGGACUUGCUCCAUCGCAGGGCACAGAUACGAGAGCUUUGGCUGAUCCUAAUCACCUUCAGCAGCCCCACACAGCACAACAAAACAUAGCUGCUGCAGCCCAAACACGGCGAGGUCAGACACAGCCUGUUACGCCUGGUGCCAUCCAGCCGCGUCAGGGGGGUGCCGAUCCAGUCCCAGUGCCUCCUGCCCAGCACAAUCCCAGUAACCUAACCCAGGCUGCAGUGAGAACCCACACUGAGAGGGCUCAAGUAUUUAAAAAUCGGAGAGAGCAAACUCAGGCGGCCCUGAUCCACUCUGGCACAGUGCAGACUCAAGCGCCUGCUGCUGGAGGUCAACAGCCACCUCCGCCUCCUCCUCCUAUCCCUCUGGCACAGUUUCAAGCCCUUCCCAAGACACACACCCAACACAAAUCCCCAACAAGGAUUCCACAGCCCCUCAGACAGAACGUGCCAGCAGCUCAGCGGCAGCACGGUGCGCCUCGCCACACCACCACGAUGCCUCGCAACCAUCACCAUCACCAUCAUCCUGGCCACGCGCAGGCAGGCGCACACCGGCACGGCCAUGUGCACGCUCACGACCACAGGCGCCCCGCCAAUGUCGCUGCGUGGCAGCAACAAGCCCACAGAGGAAGACCAAGAUGAUGACAGAUGUCAGCAGACGAGGCUCUACAACUAUCCCGCAUGCGCUGUCACAAACAAACAGCUGACAGACGUGAUCUAAUAUUCCGCCAAGCAGGACCGACUCCGCAGAGUCUGCUUUCCAAAAAGGCUGUCAUUCUCUGAAAGCCGGUGCAACCUCUGCGAAAGGAGUGAACACACCACCCAUGGGGAUAUUAAGCUUUCAGUAUUUCCUUUAAAAGAAAUGUGCAACCUUUGAGAAUUUACGAAAUCAGAUUAUCUGAACGAUGCUUAAGUUCCAACUAAAAAGUGGCACUAACAGGGCAGCUCACUGUUCCACGGACCCGGAUGUUUUGUUUCUGGUUUGACUCUCAACUUGCUGCUCGUAUAUCAAAAUUUGCCCAGAGUCUGCUCAAAGAAAAGUUUAAUGAUCAAUGGCUCCUGACCAUGUUCGCAUCCUACCAUCCAUUCAUCAACACAACUAAAUAACACACCUGUGAUAAAUUGCACGAGAAGCACUUGCAUGAAUAUCUGUGAACACCUGAGCUAGCAGUGACAGACGAUAAAUGGAAAAGGGACCCCGGUGGAAGACGGACUCGGCUGCCGGUAGUGGUGACAGUUAUGAAAGAAGAAAUUAGCAGUAGGGGUGGUCUUGACUCGCACUGAGCUAUUUAUUUUGUGCCUUCUGUUAGCGGAUGCCUCUUCUGACACUUCUCAAUUAAGAGGAUUCGCCUCACUGGUGCUCGGAAAUAACGCUCAGCUUCACAAGAAGGGGGAUCCCGUGAACGGAUGGGCGCUUAUUAAUUAAAUGCUUUUAUGUGACUUAAAUGGCUCGGAAAAUAAUCGCACUGAACCAUGAAUGGGGUCAGCACAAAGACCUGAAACUGUCCUGCGUUUCUGCUGGAAAAAGCAGAGUUGUCAUUUUACUGGGUCAUGUACAUAUUUUUCUUUUACUGUUUAUGUAUUUAUUGAUUUAUAAUGGCUAUAUUUUCUAAGCUAAAUGGUGUCUUUGUAGAUUGGCAAUUUGGAAUAAUACCACCUUCCACAGCAGAAGAAUUAUAAACUGCGGUGUGCAUGUCUAAAGCUGCAGCUCCAGUUUAUUUGCAGAAAGUACUCAAAUGUGUUGUUUUGCUCUUGAGGAAGUGAGCUCUCUCAAGUAGUCAGGAGCAGUCAGUGUUUUACUUGCUGUUGACGGCUGUCUGAAUUGUCUCAGACUGGCAUUAAUUUUCAGAAGAGACUCAAUCACACAGCUAAUCACAGUAGGCCACAAAUUAAAGAGGAUCUUAAACAAAUUGUAUAGCAGUGAUGGUGAAUGCUAUGCUCACUUUCAUCACCUUUGUUAGUAAUUCUCUAUUAGAUCCAAGGUGUGGAUUAAGACCCCUAGGAAGCUGUAUGGCUACGUUUUUUGUGACAUAUUUUUAAAACCAGCCCCAUAUGUGGGUUCAAAGCUUGCAAAACUGUAGUGUAUGUCAUGUGCAUUGCUUUAAUGAUCUAACAACUCUGGGUUGCCUCUACAAAACAUUUCUAACGUUAGCAAUGAGAGUCAAAGUGGAAGAGAGACUGUGUUAGCUGCUGCUUCCUGUCAGUGUCUGUCCUGGGGAAAGCAGCUGAAAUACUAGUUAUUCAAUAUUUCGACAUUCAAAGCAGGUUUAUGAAGCUGAAGAACACGUUUUUCUAUAUUUUUCCCACUUGUAGAGUCUUCAAGAAGAAGUAAGAUAGAGUAAAAAUGCUAUCACAAGCUAAUCACUUCAGCAAACUAAGCCACAUGAGCCAAAUAUGUCUGCAGAAACAAAAUGGUAUUCUGCAGAAACCACAAGUUUGACUAAAUGUGUCAUAGUCAAACAAAUGUUUGUUGCCUUAUUGUAAACACCACUGAUGAGUGAGUUAAGUGGGACAUGCACAAUACUUAUGCGGACCCUAUAAUACUGAUGAAAUUUAACAUUCUGUUUUACUGCACUAUGGAUCUACUGAGCUUCCAAGCAUAAACAUGGCACAAAUUUUAAUGGAUUAUUUGGUUGGAACUGUUCAGAAAAAAAAUAAU